UGGGCAAGCCACAAUGCUGUACAUACAAAGGUUUUUGUCGUUCACCAGCCACAUGUGGAAUGUUGAUGUUCUGUGCUGGACAUGGGCUUGACAACACCCCACACAGUCUCCAGCCCUUGAUCAGAGCCUAUUAGAUACCAACAACCACUCUCUCUUCAUCAUGGCUAACUCCAACGGGAAACAUAUCCAGUUUGCUAUCGUCUUGGCUCUCAUCAUUGUUUACGUAAACUCCAUGGCAACGGUACGACCCCAAAAGAAGCUGAAGUUUCUAUACUACACCGCGUCCGACGAAGGCAGCCACCACCUAACCAACACCAAGAUUGCGGCCGCGCUGGUUCGACGUGGUAACGACGUCACUUUCCUGCUCAGCAACAGCUGCACAAAAUGGCUGAACGCCAGCGACGCUGCCCUGUUUAGCUUCACCGUGCACCAGUCCAGGUUCACAGAGGAAGAUCGGAGGGAAAACUUAAGAGAGCUGUCUCGUUCGAGUCUGCGUGGAGACACGAACGGCGUAUGGCGCUCGGCUGUCUACUACUGGCGAAACAAAUUCACAGCCAGCAAAGAUAUUAUUAACGAUUUUGCUGUGACCGAGUGUGAGAGUUUGCUUAGGGAUAACGAUACCAUAAAGAGUUUAAAAGAUGAGAAAUUUGACAUGCUGGUUGGGGAGGAUCUGAGCACCUGUCAACCUUUACUUGCUAAGCGAUUAGGCAUCAAGUUUUCACUCGUGAGUGGAACUGGUAUUAUUCCUGCUAAAGGAAUGUGGUACGGGUUAGCAAGCCACCCAGCCUAUAUACCGGAGCGCCAAGCCGGUCUGACCGACAGGAUGACGUUCAUACAGCGCAUGAAGAACUUCUAUUUGUACGGCGUCCACUGGUUCAUCCGCCGCUCAAUGCUCAUAAAAUACCGUACAAUCCAAGUUGCUUAUGAUCUUAGUCCAGAGAAGAGCAUGGCAAACAUGAUGGCCGAGGCGCAACUCUGGGUGUUCUACGGGGGCUUCGAGAUGGAUUUAGCACGUCCUCUAACGCCUAAUGUUAUCUUCAUAGCCUCUCCCAUGCUGGGAUUACCAGCAGAACGUAAGAUACCAGAAGAUAUGCAAGAUUUUCUAGACAGUGCCAAUGAUGAGGGCGUCGUCCUGUUCUCGCUAGGGGGUCACGUGAACGAGAUGGAGUUUGCGCAGGCUCAGAUGUUUGCUAAUGCAUUGGCUAGACUGCCACAGCGAGUACUUUGGCAUUUUUCGGGGAACUUGACCAAAAUCAUAAUUGGAAAGAACACGAAAACCUUUAAAUGGUUUCCACAGCAAGAAGUCAUGGGUCACCCUAACACCAAGAUGUUUUUGAGUCAUGGUGGUUUGAAUGGUUUACACGAAGCGGCAUGGUACGGGUUACCAGUGAUUGGUAUCCCGCUCUUCGCUGACCACUUUGACAACAUUCAGCGGGCCCAAGCUAAAGGGAUGGCACUUAAGCUGGACCUCCUUACGUUGAAUGAAGACGUUUUGUUUGAAGCUAUCACUCGCGUUAUCAAGGAACCAAGUUUUCGCGAGAGGGCGCAACACAUUUCCCGUAUGCUCCGAGAUCAACCACUCAUUCCAUCCGAGAAAGCUGCGUUUUGGAUUAAUCACGUGGCCCAACUUGGCGGGAAACAUUUACGUCCGCGAUCAGCAGAUCUCACAUGGAUACAGAAUAAUCUCAUUGAUGUGUACGCGUUCCUUGGCGCCAUUUUGUUUGCGGUGUUGGGGAUUAUCUACCUUGUUUGCAGGGGCUGCCUUGCACUCUUAUGUUACAUGUGCAGAAAGAGGCAGACAAAAUUGAAAACUACUUAAUCAAUCAACUUCGAUUUCUAAAAUAUUUUGCUUAUGGGUUCAUUGUUCUUUGUUUCCUUUUGAUAAGCGUUAAUAAAAUCAUGUACAAUUUUAAUAUAAAUGAAUUUCAAAAGGCAGACAAAUAUGUUCAUUGUCACCUUUUGGUAAGCGUAAAUAAAGUCGCGUACAAUUUUUAAAAUAGAAGGCAUUUAAAACUAGAAACAAAAUCCUAAAUAUUGUUGGAAAUCAACAGAUAAAAGGGUUCGAUACACUUUCCACCCCAAACCCCUAUUUUAUUUGCCAUCGCUUGCCCAAAAUUAUGUCUGUAUACACGUCUGCCCUUCGGCGCUUGGUCAAUUGAAUCUUUCCACUUUCCAACUAUCGAUUCAUUGUGGAAAUUGACUACUGCCCUCUGUUGACACUCGGAGGUACGAAUAAUAUAAUUAUUUGAGUGAGAAAUUACCUCUACAUUACAUCAAGUAAGUGUUUAUGCUGACAAUUAUUUUCAGAAGUUACCGAUAGUCUCCAAUGCCUUUUAAAAACGUUUUGUGAUGGAAACAACUAGGCACAUAAAUAUUUUGUAUAGAUCACUGGUUUUCUUUAGUUAUUGUUUACAUUGUAAUUAUAAUUCUUUGUCAUGCUUCCUUUUCCUUUUCAAGGGAUUUCCCCUCAGUUUCUCUGAAACAAACUAUAAUAAAAAUCCGGACCACUUUCAUAUCCUGGAGUGAUUGUCCAGAUCAAACUGAAAGCAUUGAGCUUGGGUGGCUCAGCAGCUGAAAGUAAAAUAUUAUAACUAUUGUUGAUUCAUAUGUUUAUCUCUAUGUUUGAAUACUCAUUGUCGUUAAAGGCAGUGGACACUAUUGGUAAUUGGUCAAAAUAAUUAUUAGCAUAAAACCUUAC